AUGGCUGCUCUGCAGCAGCAUGUAGCUACCAUUAAGAGCGCAUACUAUGCCAAAGAUUCGCGCUCUCUCCUUGCCGCCUUUCGCAUAGACCCAACCACCUUCUUUGCUUUGCAGAACGAUCUCAACAAGACCCCACGGCGCGACCUCGCAGAUUGGGUGCUUGGCCAAAUCCCAGUGUCCGCUGCACCGACGGACUCGGAUCGAUUUCAAACGCUCGUCGCCGACUUGCUCUCCUACGUGCGCGACCACGCUCCUCUUCAGUAUGCUGCGCCUGGCACUGAACCUCCAUAUCCGACCGACUGGGAUCGUGCGUACGAUUCGUGGGCACUCGUCUACUCGCGUGCUUCCACCUUUUUUUCGCUGCCAGAUACCACAUGGUUCAUCCCAAGCCUUCGUUUCUUCGCUUCGAGUCUUGUAACAUUCGCAAUGGCUGUUGAUCAGCGCACAGAUUCGGUACGGAAGCGCAAGACGACCGAUGCAGCAGGCCGGCUCUCCAAGGCAGCCGGUAUGACCGGCAACGAUCGAACCCUAGCUUUCGGCUCCGAGACCAAACGCGCCGCAGUGCUUAUGCUAGCCAACCUGAGCUUCAAGGCGUACUUCAAGCUCAACAAUACUCGUCUUUGCGAGACCGUGCUUGGCAGUGUCGAAAACGCGCUCAAGGUCAACCGCACCUUUGCCCGCAGUAACGGUAUCAAGGACGAAUCCGGAGAGCAAUGCUACUCGAAAGCGGAUCGCGUUACUUAUCGUUACUAUCUCGGACGUCUUCGUCUCUUUCAGCACAACAUCCGAGCUGCAUCCACCCAUCUGCACUGGGCCUUCGACAAUUGCACGCUCCGAAACUUGAAGAACAAGAGAGCAAUCUUGAUUCCGCUCGUGGCCACCUACCUGAUCCUUGGCAGAUACCCACAGGCUUCUCUCCUCGACGCAGCCAAUCUGACUCCCGUCUUUGGAAAUUUGACUUACUACCUCAAGAGUGGGCAAGCCGCCGCAGCACUCGAAGAACUCGACCAACAUAUGGACUGGUUCAGAGUGCGAGGGCUCUAUUUGAUUCUGAAGGAAAAGCUGCAGAUCAGCCUUUGGCGCAAUCUGGCACGCAAGUGCCUGAUUCUCUCGCACGGAGCUGCGCAGGCUUCAGCGGCUCCUCCGACCAUGCGACUCGACAUUCUGCUCUCCGCCGCGCGAAUUGCUUGGAGAGACCCUUCACUGCAGCCAGCGGAUGUCGAAGCCGUGGUGGCCAGUAUGAUCGACCAAGGCUUCGUAAAGGGCUACAUUCUGCAUUCAAAGGCGACGCUAGUCUUGCAAAAGGGUCCUCAUCUGGGUUUCCCUCCAAUAUGGACCGUCUUUGAGUCACGCUGA